GCGUUACGUGAUUGGUUAAUCGUGGUAAAACUGUCAAAAUGAAGUCGAACUGAAAUUGAUAUCAAAAUGUUUCGUAAAAAACAACGAUUACUUCUUAUAAUUGGAAGUAUAUGGAUCUGUGGUAUCAUAUACUUUCUUCUGAAAUCAUCUUCAGAUCCGGAAGAUGAAGAAGAAAAUCGUUAUCAUAAAAAUUUCCUGCCACAAGAAAUAGAACCUGAAAUUGACAACAGCAAUGACAAGCUGAAAUUCCAGCAUCAUGAAAAUAAACUAGAUAGGAAUGAACCACCAAAGCAUGUUGCAUUAGUCCCAACAACUUACCAUAUACCCCCCAAAAUUCAUCUUGUAAAAGAAAGUCAUGUAGCAAACUGGGAGAGUAAAAAGGAUGUCAGGGGCGGAGCCAGUGAUGAUGAAGAGAAAAAUGACAUUCCAUGGGAGGAGUUUCCAGAGAAUGUAUAUAUCAACAAAAAGGCAUUAAAAUCUGGUGAAGAUCCAUAUGGUCGUAACAAGUUUAACCAACAAGCUAGUGAUAACACUAAAUCUAACAGAGAUGUUCCUGACACGAGACAUCCACAGUGCAGAGCCAAACACUGGACAGUUGACCUACCAUCCACUACAGUAAUUAUCACAUUCCACAAUGAGGCAAGAUCUGCACUGCUUAGAACUAUCAUCAGUGUGUUCAGAAAGAGUCCUGCUCAUUUGAUAGAAGAAAUUAUUCUUGUGGAUGACUUCAGUAAUGAUCCCUCUGAUGGUGAAGAGUUGGCUAGAAUGCAGAAGGUUAAGAUUAUACGUAACAACAAGCGGGAGGGGUUAAUGAGGUCAAGGGUUAAGGGUGCUGAUGCAGCCAAGGCUCCUGUGUUAACAUUUCUAGACAGUCACUGUGAAUGUAACACAAACUGGCUCGAACCCUUACUGCUUGAAGUACAACAGGACAAGAGAAGAGUGGUCAGUCCUAUAAUUGAUGUGAUAAAUAUGGACAAUUUUGAAUACAUUGGAGCAUCAGCUGAUCUCAAAGGAGGAUUUGACUGGAAUUUGGUAUUUAAGUGGGAUUACAUGACAAGUGAAGAAAGAAAUAAGAGAUCUUCUAACCCAAUAGCACCUAUCAUGACCCCAAUGAUAGCUGGAGGAUUGUUUACAAUAGACAAGAGUUGGUUUGAAGAGCUUGGAAAAUAUGACAUGAAGAUGGACGUUUGGGGUGGAGAAAAUCUAGAGAUAUCAUUCCGUGUAUGGCAGUGUCAUGGAACUUUAGAGAUAAUCCCAUGCAGCAGGGUGGGGCAUGUGUUUAGGAAACAGCAUCCAUACACCUUCCCUGGUGGAAGUGGAAAUGUAUUUGCCAGAAAUACAAGACGAGCAGCUGAAGUGUGGAUGGACGAAUACAAGGAAUUCUAUUAUGCUGCUGUGCCGUCUGCUAAAAUUGUAGAUUUUGGAGAUAUAUCAGAAAGAAUGGCUCUACGUAAAAGUUUGAGCUGUAAACCAUUCAGCUGGUAUCUGGAGAACGUCUAUCCAGAACUUAAGAAGAAGACUUUAAACAGACCCAUGAUGCAUAGAGUGUUUAAACAGUAUGUCUGUCCAUCAGUCUGUUUGUCACACUUUCUUGUGUACUCAACUCCUACAGUUUUCAUUCAGUUCAAAUGAAACUUGAUACACAUCAUUAACAUAGAGUUGACACUGAGCAAAAUUUGGACUUUCAUGUCAUCAUUUUGAGUCAUUCUUCACAUCUUGGUUAAAGUUUUGCAUGCAAGUACGUUUAGCUAUCAUUUAAAGGCAUAUAGCUUUGAAACUUAUUUUAUAUUUUUCUGGGUAAAAUUAUCAACCUCACUUGGUCAAGUCCCAUAACUCUGACAUGUAUUUUGGUCAAAUUAUGCCCACUUUUGGACAUAGAAAAUCCUGGUUGAAGUUUUGCAUGCACGUUACUAUCUCCAAAACAAAUGCAGAUAUUGAUUUGAAACUUUACUUAUGUCUUCAGGGUUAUAUAACUAGGUGAUCGCAUAAAGUCCCAUAACUCUGACAUGUAUUUUAGGCAAAUUUUGUCCCCUUUUGGACUUAGAAAAUUCUGGUAUAAGUUUUGUUUACAAGUUACUAUCUCCAAAACUUUUGUGUCUGAUUUUUAGCUCACCUGAGCCAAAGGCUCAUGGUGAGCAUUUUGUGACAGCUCAAUGUCCGUCGUCCAUCGUCGGUCUUCCGUCGUGGGUUGUGCGUCAGUCAGCAAUUUCUAAAAAAUCUUCUUUUUGAAAACUACUGGGCAAAAUUACACAAAACUUCACAGGAAUGAUCCUUGGGUGUCCCCCUUUCAAAAUUGUUCAAAGAAUUGAAUUCCAUGCAGAACUCUGGUUGCCAUGGCAACCGAAAGGAAAAACUUAAAAAAUCUUCUUUUCCAAAACCACAAGACCUAGGCCUUUGAUAUUUGGUAUGUAGCAUUGCCUUAUGGUCCUCUACCAAAAUUGUUCAAAUUAUAACCCUGGGGUGAAAAGAGGCUCUGCCAUUGGGGGGUCUCAAGAUUAACAUAGACUUAUAUAGGAAAAAACAUUAAAAAAUCUUCUUGCCUGAAACUGCAAAGCCUAGGCUUUUGGUAUUUGGUAUGUUGCAUUGCCUUGUGGUCCUUUACCAAAAUUGUUCAAAUUCAGCCCCUGGGGUGAAAAGAGGCCCUGCCCAGGGGAUCCCAAAUUUAACAUAGACUUAUAUAGGGAAAAAAAAUAAAAAUCUUCUUUUCUGAAAGUUCAAGGCCUAGGCCUUUGAUAUUUGGUGUGUACCAUUGCCUUGUGGAUCUCUAACAAGAUUGUUCAAACUAUGCCCCUGGGCAGAAAAGAGGCUCCGCCCUGGGAGGGCGCUUGUUAUAUGAGUAAUAUAGGAAUAAAUACUUCAAAAAUUAUCAGAUCAUAUUUCCUAGAUUGUUUAAUUAUAAUUACAUGACCCCAAGCAAUUAGGGGUCACUUUACUUUUACCUUGACCUACUGACCUACUUUCUUGUUUUUUAAGAUACAGCCUUAAAAUUUGUAUGACUGUACAGUUUUGCACACCGAUCUUAAAACUGACCUUCAGUGACCAUGAAUGUGACCUACUGACCUACUUUCUAAUAUUUUAGCAUCAGUGUGCCAUUUUGAACAUGUGGCUCAUAUUACUCAGGUGAGCGAUUCAGGGUCAUCAUGACCUGCUUGUUUUUGUGCCCCCACAUGAGUGGUGGGGGCAUAUAGAUUU